UCAUGAAAUGAACAAGUAUACACAUUUUUUGUUUUAAAGUGUUGAAAAUCAAGAUGAGUCUAGAAAUACCAAAAAAUAAUUCCAAAGAAAGUGAUAUCGAUGAAAAUCGCAAGGACAAAAAUGUGAGCUAUUUACUAGAAAGUGUUCCUCAAUUGGAAAAAAUUUUUAAAGUUAUUGGCAAGAUUGGCGAGGGCACGUUUAGCUCUGUAUUUUUGGCAUAUCUCAAGAGCAACCCCAACAAAUAUUAUGCUAUAAAACAAUUAGUACCUACAGUUUCGCCUAAUCGUAUUUUACGUGAAUUGAAAUGCCUUAAAGAUAUAGGUGGCACAGAUUAUGUAGCUGGAGUAGAAUUGUGCAUUAGAGAAGCUGGAAAUGUGGUAUUCGUCAUGGAAUACUUGUACCAUGACAAAUUUUCUGAUUAUGCACUCAAUAUGCCUACAGAAGAACUAAGAGAUUAUAUGAGAGCUCUUUUAACAGCUCUGCGCAGAGUACAUCAAUUUAAAAUUAUUCAUCGAGAUGUUAAACCAAGUAACUUUUUGUACAACAGACAAAAAAGAGAGUAUAUGUUAGUAGAUUUUGGCUUAGCUCAAUCUCUCGACAGUAUAAGAAGUAAUCCUGCAAUUUCUCGAAACAAGUGUCAUGAUGAGCAGAAUAAAGUCAAUAGUUUGAUAAAAGAUACAAAAAAAUCAACAUAUAUUAGAUGCGAGUGUUUCGGAAAACCCAAAGUAUGUUCUAUCUGUCUAAUGAGACCAGAACAAAAUGUCAAUCGAGCUGGUACUCCAGGUUAUCGAGCCCCUGAAGUAUUAUUGAAGCAUCAUCCACCUACUACAGCCAUUGAUAUGUGGGCUAGUGGUGUGAUGAUGCUUUGUAUCUUAAGUUCGUCGCAUUGUUUUUUUCGUCCACCAAAUGAUAUAGCUGCACUUGCUGAAAUUGUCGCAAUUUUUGGCACCGAAGCUGUACAAAAAUGUGCCAAAGCACUCGGUAAAAAGUUUAUAUGUAGUACAGACACACAAGCAUUAGAUCUGAAGGAUCUUUGUCAAAAAUCACGCAAAAGAAAAAGAAACCCUAAUAGUAAAUCAAGCUCAUCUGUUUUGCAAGAAGAUUAUCCUGAUGCAGCUUACGACUUACUUAAAAAAUUGUUGGACUUAAAUCAUGCAACUAGAAUUACAGCUGAAGAAGCUUUGAAUCACCCAUUUCUUAAAUCAUAGACUGAAAUUAUUGUUUAUUAAGUUUAAUUAGAUUUUAAAGAAAUCACAAAGAGAGAUAUAUUUAUUACUCAAAAUAAAAUUAAAGAUAUAUAUGUAUUAGGACAUGAAAUGGGGACGUAAUUUAGUAUUAAAUGAAUUUGUAAAGUUUUUAAUAUAUUUUAUCGGUUGUAAAUAAUCAACAUUACAUAAGUUUAAACCAGUA